AUGGUUAUUGGGGCCAAUCCACCUCUGGCUGUUUUUGAAGGAUUUCUCAGGAGAAUUUGGGGUAAUCUUGGAAUUGAUCGUGUGGCCUGGAUGAAUUCUGGAUUCACAAUGGUUCAGUUUAGAGAUGAGGCAACUAGGGAUAUGGUGCUUGAAUCUGGAGUGAUUCACUUUGACAAGAAGCCAGUAAUUCUCAGACCUUGGUCUUCAGAUGUUGAAACUAUAAGGUCAGUCAAAUCUGUCCCUGUUUGGAUUCGUUUACUAGGUCUUGGGCUGCAAUAUUGGGGUGUUAAUUGUUUGAGUUCUCUAGUUAGCACGAUUGGCACUCCUAUUAUGUUUGAUAAGGUCACAAAAGCAAGGACUAUGAUUAAAUUUGCUAGAAUCUUAGUUGAUAUGGAGAUUGCAGAACAUCUUCCUAUGCAUAUCCACUAUCUAAAUGAGAGAGGUCAGAUUAUGGAGCAAGCCAUUGAGUAUGAGUGGCUCCCCACUAAGUGUUCUAACUGUAAGAAAUUGGGUCAUUCUGCGGCUGUCUGUAAGCAUUCUCCAACUGUUAUAAAGAAGAAUUCAGAGCCUUCAAACCAGGCUAAUCCAGUUACUAUGAUAACAAGUGAAACUACUGCUGACACUCCAAUUAGCAGACUCUAG